AUGGAAAGAAAGCUCCUAAAGAAGGAAAUGAAAAAGCUCCUGGGAGAUUAUAUUGGCAUCAGACUUCGGGAAAAUGAAUUUGACCCAAAAGGAAGAAGGCAACUCACCUUUCUAGAUGAUAUGGCACACUAUGACUUGGCCAUCAAUGUUGCUUUGCAAUGGCUGGAUCACUCAGAAGACUUAACUUGGCUGGAGUGGGAAAAAGUGAAAAUGCCAUUUCAUGACGGACCUGUUUAUCCAAACCGGAAAGAAAGAGAAGCAAUGAUUUUAUCAUCUUAUGCUGGAAUCCUAAUGAACAGUAUCCCAAUUGAGGAAGUCUUUAAAAUGUAUGGAGCUGAUUCUUCUACCAAUUCUGGGGCUACUAAGGUACCCCGAGCUCCACCCCUCCGCCUCUCCCUGCAUCCCUUUGCCAUGUUAACAGCACCCAAAGCAGCAGAAUACGCCCACAAACAGAGUGUCAAGUUAAGAAGGGGACCAACAAAUAAAAAUGUCACCAGCAGCUCUGCAAGGGAAGCAAAUGCCACAGCGUGGAAAUCAUCAAAAAAUGUAUCUUUGGACACCCAGCCGAAGAACAAAGUCACUUAGAAACUUGGAAUUGCACCAUGGAAGUUCAUAAUAAAGUCUCUGGAAGAGGAAAAGAAACAUCAUCUUAACACUGCAACUCUUGCCAGCACAUUU